CCCCCUCCCGCCGCCGCCCGGCUCCCUCCCGCAGGGGAGUUGGUCAGUUUAGAAUGUGUCACUAUAUUGAGUUGUAUAUACUGGCAUUUUGGUUGCCAGCCCGAGCCCAAGACGAAGGAAGGGGCUCUCCAUUUUAUGAAGAGCGUGCGGCGAGACACCACGCGCAGAUUGCUAAAUUCACUAAAUAUCGCGAUAGCGAUCACGAUGCUGCGGCCCAACUUUUGCGCGAUGCCAAUAAGUUGCCAGAACAAAUGCUAACUAGAAACACACUCAACUAUCAGAGGCACCAUGCGCAGAUCGCUAUGAUGCCAAAAUACUAG